UCAACACACAUUCUGGACGUAAUAUAAUAUAAAUGCUGAAGGGCAGUCUUCCGCAUCGUUGGGUAGAAUUACACUCCAUUCAAGUAGAACCAAUUUCCUCCAACCAUGGAAGUGGUGGAAUGGAGCUGACGGUCACGUGACACCAUCAGCCUUGGGCAAACGCUACUGAGGAAAGUUGCGGUUGGCCUGUCUACAUCUGACUAUCAAAACAUUCAUCUCCAACUCACACAAGUGCGCUGAACGUCCAGUCAUGUGAGAUUUAUUGCAUUAUGGUAGUGACACCGUUGUCUGCUGGAAAUUGAGAAUGGAUAGUUGGUGAAUGGUUGUAAGUGCUCUUUGCAAGCUAUUGUGGAUCACCUAUAACUGGACCCCGGGGAGUACGAACGGGCUAUGGGACAUUGAGAUGUUUAUUGGAAUCCGGGGCGACUACACUGCAGUUGGUUUGAAACAGACAUGCAGUUCAUCUCUAACUCAGUCAAUGAUACACAGAUGCAGGAGAUGAGUAACAACACGACAGCCUCUCCGGCGGAGUUCGGAAGCAUUGUAUUCCACAGAUACAGCACAGCUGAACUACUGGAAACAUUCGCCCCCCUUGGGCCAUAUUCAGAAAAGUUUAUCCCCCCUUUGUGGUACGCUGUUGGCUUUGUGUGUAAUCCAGCCUCCGCGGUGAUAUGGCUCGGACGUCGUAUGAGGCGAAACAACUCAUCCGCCAUCUACCUUGGAGCGCUAUCCAUCUCCGACCUUAUAUUUCUGUUCCUGCAUCUGUUGUACACCCUUCAUGGAGCAUGGGGCUAUCGGACGUAUAACACAUCAGCAGCCUCAUGCGCGACCUUCAUGUUCUUUUAUUACACCCCACAGUACCUGAGCACUCUAUUGGUUCUUGGAUUUACAGUAGAAAGGUAUGUGGCCGUGUGUCAUCCUUUUCAAAAGGAGAAGUGGUGCACUGUCAGACGUGCCUGUGUCAUCGUUUGUGUCCUGCUGUUUUUUUCCGCGGCUGUUGCGUCGGCUCAGAUAUACUUUUGGACAUACACUCCCGAACAUGGCGCUUGUCACUACAGACAAGCGGCUACAGAAGGGGAUGCCGCCAGUUUUGUCAACAUCUGGAGUUGGGUUUCCGAUUUGCUGAUAUUUGGAGCAAUUCCACUGAUUGUGUUGUGCUUUAACGCCCUUGUUUUAAAAGAAAUUUGUAAAUUAGCUAAAAAUGGUGUCGUUUCUCGUCAAAGUGGAAGUGCAAGCACAACAGCUUCAACAGUGACUCUCCUCUCGGUGUCCUUCUUCUUGAUCAUUACCCAGCUUACUGCCACCGUGGUGUUCUGCAUGGAGACGCUCUUCCCGCACGGCGAUAUCAUGAUGACUGACGAAGAAAUUCGAGAAGACCCAACAUGGAGUAAAAUGUUUAGCUAUCUGGAAAGUCGGAAAAUAAUCGAGUGUCUGUGUCUGUCGCAUUUCGCCCUGUAUUUUGCGAUAUACUGUCUCACCGGAAAACAUUUCAGGAAAGAGGUGUUAUACAUGUUAACGUGUUGCGGGCGUUUUCGUUCCUUUCAGGAUUCAUUUUCAAGAAAGCACAAUGGCGAGAAAUAUUCCAUGGUAUCCAGUAAUGGCCACCUCAUGUCCGAAACGUGUACGACCACGUUCACAACUAACUUUUGAGCGUCCAUGGGUCACUGACAAUCCUGAGGACACUUAUUUCAAAUGUUUUGAGAUGGUCAGUUUAGACCCUGAACAAACCUAAACUUGAAGUUUGAAGUAAUAACAUCCAUCAGAUGCUUCAAAUAUUUGUAUUCGUUUGUGUAACCUUGAUGUUGACGUGGAUAUAAACUAAAGGUGGAUUUGAUGACACCACAGUAAAACCUCGUUAACACGGAAGUCUUUUGAAUCAUCGAAGAAAUAUAUCGAGUUAUCCAUUAUUCGAGACAAGCGGAGUGAUGGUGUUCGAUAAAUCGACGUGUCUGCAAGAACCGAAAGGAUGCAUGGUCUUCCAUGAUAUUUCGAAAUAAAGACGUUCGAGUUGACGAGGUGUUCCUGUAUAUUCCUGUAUUUUUAAUGUGAUAAUCUAAAUUGGUAUAUAUUUAUGUACUCUUAGUUCAACAUUGUUUUGGACUGCCAGACAAAAGAAAAGCAUACACCCAUGUUCGCCCUACAAUUAAAAGACAUAGCGUCGGAUACAGAGAUGUCCAAAUACAAGAAAACCAGUGCUUGUUGUUAAAUGUAGCAGAGGCUUUGAAUCAAGUGUUUGACAGAACAAAACGUAACCCCUCUGUUUCUUGUAUAGAGGGUUCAAUGAUAUUGUACAAUUAUAUUUUGAAUCUGACGACGUUUGGCGACGCUUGUCAUGGAUGUACUGAAAAGAUACUGGCUAUCUUGUAUUAUGUAGUUUCUGUUUAACUCGCAUGAUGUCCGUGGCAAAUCGUAACACCCAUUGAAACUGCAUAAUCUGCUUGAAUUGCCAAAGGGGUACACACGAGAAAAGUAUGCGUUAUUUCAACAACGAAAUUUAAGUAGAUACCAAUAUCCUUGACAGUGUCGAUAAGAGGACGUCAUAUGUACAAACAUGUGUACUGAAGAACAUAUUUUAUAUUGGAACAUGUGUAAACGAUAUGUAAGUGUUUUACCGCUGGUCGGAGUCCUCAUACUGGAAUGAUGAAUGUGUUUUUAAGGUUAAUCUGAUACUAAAUUUUAUCGUGAUUUCUGAUGUCGAAAGAAUGAAAUAAUCAGAUUUUGUAACUCUUUGAAAAAAAUCUGAAAAUCAGAUUGCAAUUAAUCACAGUCGCGUUAACAGUUAGUGUUUAAUGUACACGUGUACUCGGUUCAUGUAUAUGUCACAAGUUACGGCAACAUUGCCAAUGCAAUAAUCGAAAUAAGAAUUUUAAUAAAUUUCAACAUUGAAGAUAGACUGACUGAUAAAUAAUUGUUUAUCUGAUGUAUGAUUUGUCGCUACAUAUGCUUUACCGAGGACGUGUAUUGUUAAGAAACACAAUUACGUUCAAGAAGAUUGAAACGUAUCAUGCAAUACCAUGACUUUUCCAUCAAGUGCGUUUGUUUUACGUUAGUCUUCUAUUGUUAGAUUACUUCACAGGGUUACUGUGAUGUUCUAUAGUACUGACAAUUGUCACUAUAUACAUAAAACACAGCCAGAAAUCCCUGACACAAAAUUAAAUAGAAGGUGGAUAUGAGGUGAAGGUGAUAACUUCGGAAGGAUGGUGAAUAUAACUAAAACCUUUCACAAUUUUCAUUUGCCACACGAUCGGGAAGGGUAUUGAUUUAAAAUCAUCUUACGUAUUUCUUCAACUCAUCAAUUCAAUAUCGUUGAUAUUUCUGUAUGUAUAUAGUGUAUAUGUUACCGCGGUGUAUGAUGGUGAUAUGGUUGCACACUGCACUAUGUUCCAUAUACAGCAAAGAAUGCAUCAUAUUAUGUAUAUACUUCACCAUAUGACGAAAUUGAAUAUUUCGAAAAAUAUCCAAAACUGUAUAAAUAGUUAGUUAAUUGAAAGCUACGAGGAAUUACUCAUUAUCUGUCUCGAGUGAAUUAAGUUCCAAGCUUUGGUGGCCAUGUUCAGCAUUAAUUCACAACAGACAGUAAAUCUGUAAUUCCUCUUGGUUCAGUUAUUCCUUGUAUUAUCAAUUGUAUGUUUCUGUGAAAUUGUAGAAACAUGUAUUUUUCCUGAUCUCAAGUGGAGACAGCUAUGGGCCUCUCCGCAAACAAUGGAACCAAUCGAAGAAGUGGAACAAAAAUAGCCAGUCAUCAUGAAGGUCCGUUGAGAUUCUACCGUGCAAAUUGAUCGUCGAACUUGGUUAAAGGGGAGAAAGACUAAUCGAAAUACAAAAUGCUCAGUUAUGAUGAUUAAAAAGUAAUCAAUAAUUUCAACUGUAUCAGUGAAUCUGUGGGUAAUAUACUGUAAUAGUAAAAAAAUGCUAUGAGCAUACACUUUGCACAUGGUUAAAAUGUCUUUUCAACACUUCUUUAAUUUCUUAUGAAAUCGCGAAGUCACUGUAUUUUCUGUGACAAUGUUCUUGCGACCCAAAGUCGGUUUCUUAAAUUGUAACUUUACCUCUUAUCUAGUAUCGUCACGAUAUGGCUGAAAUAUUGCCGAUGUGAAGUAAAGCAUAAACUUGCUCACUCACUCUUACCUAGUACCUAAAUCGGAAAGGUCGGUUUAAUUAGUAGUAUUCAUAUACGUCAUGGCUAUUGUCAUUCGUUGUCUAUUACACGAUGAGGAGAAGCUGUUCCUCCAUGACUGUACGACAGAGAUGACAUGUUUUGCAGUUGUCGCUUAAUAUUCGUCAAUAUCGACUGCGAAUCGUCCAGUUCACUGUGUGAUCAAAGUAGUGCGUUCACACAAUACCAUUAAUCCUAUGAAUAAUAUGGAAUAUGAAUCCUUGUUGUUUUACACACACCCCUUCCCACAGUACAAAAUGACAAUGCCCUGACACCUGUGAUACAUUGUAUGUAUUGAAGCCAUCAUCUGAUCAUGUAACCAUCUAACAUUGAUGUGUAUUGAUAUUUAGACAAUUAUCGUUGUGUUCCAGAUAUCAUAAAAUAUACGUAUAUAUUAAUGUAUGUGUCAACGUGCAGUCGCUCACAUGUACAUAUAUUACAUUUCUAUCAUUUUCACAACGGCUUACCAAAUGGGUUAUUGCAUGUCAUUAAAUAUGUAUAUUUCAGUGUUAUACAAUGUAUAGCUGUGAUUAUUUUCAUACCUGCAUGAUGUCGUAUUGAUGAGUAAGACACUAUAUUUUGCUAUGCCCCACGAGACAUAUCAAAAUGUGAACCCGUCAUAUUGUAAUCUGGCAUGCUCAACCUGUACAUACAAAAUCCCAUUCUUUUCUGUAUGAUAUUUGAAAAUACUAUAUUAUGUAAUAUAGAGUGUCCUACAAAAGUACAAGGUUAUAAUGAUUCAUAUAUCUCGACCUUUAACCAUUAUUCAUCCAUUCACACGUGCUCUCCUAUAAGCGUCUUUCCUCAUGUCAUCUCUUACCAACUCCUCUUUGUCUUGACUUUGUCCCUCAAGCCGUCCUCUGCUUCUUCGUUGGCAAGGGGCAUGUGUGGUCGAGUGUGCUGUUACGCGUCCCCAGUCGUGCAUGGACUAGAUUCGCCUGAACUAUAACCCUUGUCUGUUUAAUAGCACCACACCCAGGCUUGUGGGUUUCACCAAAGUGGUAAACGUCUACGAGCUGUAUCGCAUUGUGCUUCCCUUCGGCAUUAAGCUGCCAGGCCGUGAUGUUACUAUGGCAUAAUGGUAACAUCGGAGUCCAAUCCAAUCACAAUCCCCUUCUUCCUCCUGUGUCCCUUAGGCUUCGUAUUCCUCCUGGAAUCCAACCUGCCAUCUCACACAGCUUACCAGAUACAAGUAUUUCCAAGCGUUUCCCUUUUAAUAUUGAGGGUGAGGUAUACCAGUGCAUGUUUGAACGAUUUUCCAAUUGACAUAACCUUGAUCGGAUUUCUAUCAUGUCACACUUGCUCAUACAUAGUUCCAUUGCGUAACCGUGAUGUAGGCACACGUUGAUGUGGACACAUACUUGGGCAAGUGUUUUACCCUGAAGGGAACGUGUACAGCUUCACGUCUCCUACUUGUCAUACACGUUCUUUGUCAGCUGGCACAAGUAAAUCUUGUUACUACAACGAUAUGAUAACAUUUAAAGGACUAAAUAUAAGUCGGUACCACUGAUCUGUGUAAUUUGCCCUGUACAGUAAGGCAAAUACAUAUCCCCUUACAAUAGAUUUGUGUUACAAAAGGAAAUGAAAACCAUAUAAAGCAAGCUUCUUCAGUCUUGAGAAGCACAUGUAUUUUUUCUAAGUAUACACCCACCCCUGAAACAUCGAGGUUGGCGUCGAGAGGUAAGUUACACCUACAUAAGGUAAUCUGCAGAAACACUCAAAACUAUAAUGAAGCAAUCAAUCGACAAUAAUAGCAAAUACAACAUAUUAGAGCGUUAUUAAUUCUACAAAUACCUACCGCUCUGGUAAUUAAAUCACCAGCAACGUAAAUACAUGACAUAGACAUUGUCUAAAUACAUGGACAUCAAUGUGAUAAGAUCAGAUACACUUUACAAGGUGUAUGUUAUUAACAAGUAUCGAUUCGUCUUCUAUUAUGUUACAAUUGUUAGUUUUUUUCAGGUAAUAAACGAAAUUGUUUUCAAAAUGUUAUUUGUUUCACUGAAAAUGGCAUUGAUUGAUGGAUCUGUGAAUUGUUUUGUUAAUCUUAAGAGUUAUUACUUGUUUAACUAUCACAUUUAAGGUAACUUGAAUCGUGUUUUGUUUCUGUUGUCUGUUUUAAGGAAGGAACAAUGUUGUCCAAUUGGAAUAAAAGAUGAAGAUUGAA